CCUACCAACAACCAUCUCUAUCUGUCCAGAAAGAAGGAAGAAAAAUAAAAGAAAAGAAGGCGGUUUACCGACGACCGGAAACCCGCUUCACAGCGAUGACAAAGGUAUACCCAAAUGCCGCUUCCGUGGUGCCGAAGGCGGAUUCCUACCGCCACGUGGAGGAGACACUGACGGUUUGGAAGAAAUCGCUCCUCUUCAACUGCAACGGUUUCGCCGUCUUCGACACGAAGGGGAACCUCGUUUUCCGCGUCGAUAAUUACAUGGCGGGAAACAAGGGUGAGAUCUUGCUCAUGGACGCUGCCGGAAAACCGCUACUGACUAUCCGGCGCAAGAAACUGAGCUUUGGGGACCACUGGCUGGUGUUCGACGGUGAGGAGACCGUUAACCCCCGGUUCUCCGUGAAGAAGAACGUGAAUAUCCUCAAAUCCAGCUCACUCGCUCACGUGACACUCGGCUCUGGGGCCAGCCCCAAGCACGUGAUCUACCACGUAGAGGGCUCGUACUCCCAGCGAUGCUGCACCGUCUACGACGACAAGAGGUAUCGGAUGGCCGAGAUCAAACGCAAGGAGGCCGUUGGUGGGGCCGUAUUCGGUCUCGACGUUUUCCGUCUGAUCGUGCAGCCAGAAUUCGAUACGGCCGUUGCCAUGUCACUAGUGAUCCUGCUGGAGCAGAUGUUCGGUUCGACGCGGCGGUUCGGCAAGUAGUGUGACGAUCCGAACCGUACAUUAAAAUGAUCAUCGGUGGCCCAAUGCAUCUGGACUGAUGAAGACAAUCCGACCGUAGAAAAAGAAGAAGAUGGGAAAAUCAUAUCUGGGUUUUUCUUCGUUUAGCCUUUGGUGCGUUUGGUUGGUCCAAGUAUCAUGGAAUGUUCAUGACUAAUGAAAUUUCAUGAUAUUUGGUGCAGCCAAACGCACCCAAAGAUCUUCCUGUGGCAUCAUAAAGUGCCAUGGAAGUGUAAUUCUUAGUAGGGGUUACAUUUGGAAUUUGGUACAUGAAAUUGCCUCUUUUUAAAAAAAAAUUUCUGUGUGUUUUGGGCUUGGUUUUUUUACCUUUUAAAUAAAAAACCAAGCAUAUACACAUGAGUGUAAAUAUUCUAUUUUUAUAAAAAUGUAUUGUUAAAUAAAUGGGAAUUAUGGUACAAAAUUCCUCUUUUUCUUUU